AUGGUGAAAACGCUUGACCUCAUAGAUGAGCAUAUGUCCAGCAGCUGCUACAUGGGCUUGGUGGGUGACUGCGGCUUGCCGCUCGAAGUUGACAGCGUCAUCCGUGCAACUGCUGUGAAGCAGAAGAUUGCCCAAGAGAAGAUCAAUGUGAUCGGGUGGGUCGACCUCACCAAAGUGGGGGUGCUGACCCAAAAGGACGUGAACAAGUUUGCGUCAUGGAGCGAGAAGUUGUUGGCCAAAAAUCCAAUUGGUAGCUGCGUCGUUUUGGCAUGGCCUUUGCUAGCUUCUGCUGCUGGUUGUGGAGCUUUGCGCGCCGACAUCCGGAAGCUUGAAGACAAGCUAGUUCAACACCGGAUCGAGUUGCGACCCUUCUUUCUUCCUGUUGACGUGAGCAACCUGAAUGGUAACAGGGAGAUGCCUGCUGGCUAUCAAUGGAACAUUUGUGUGCUGGAUUCGACAUUGCCCGCAAAGGGCACGGCUCAUCGCGCUAGCAGGGGAGCUGAGAAGGUUGACAAGUCCGACAUCAACCGAUUCUGUUCUAGCAAGCUGUGGUCGGCGCAGAUCUGUGGAACUGCCCAAGCUAUUAGUGAGCAGGAUUUCAUCGUUCCAGGUGUCCUUACCUCAGCGAUUUCUAGCGCAGAGGGCCGCCGAAACUACACCGAUGUCCAAGAGACUGCCCAGUGGCUCGGCGGAACAGACGUUCCAAGCAAGAUUUUGGAAGACCUCUUGAAAGGUGUCGGAUGCAAUGAGACGGUGGUUGUGAACGCCAUCCUGUACGACACAGCACUGGAGAAGGCCUGCCUGGACAAGAAGAUUCCCACUUGCUCCCAGUCAGACAAGCAGCAAGUGUUCACUUCCGCCACGAAGCUGAUGAAGCAACAUUUGCUUCAGUUGUGGAAGCAGCACGAUGGCCCAUUUGUUGAGAAGACCCCCAAGUACAAGCCUGAGGUUGGAGAAGAUGAGAUCCCUCGCACACCUGAAGGGCCAGCGUUCAGCUUGUGCCGGCUUGUUGACGGGGUUUUAGUCCUGCCACGGGGUUGCCGUCAAGAAUGGAUGACGGAUGCAGUCAGGGCACCAGAGUGGCGCAAGAUCGUGCAGGCGUUUGACCGCCACUUCUCAACGCCAGCAGCUGCGAAAGCUCCUCCGCAAGAGUACGCGGGCAAAAUCAAAGGGAAAUUUGCGUGGUGUCCAGAACUCACUGCGUACUUGGUUGAGCCUACUCCCCAAGCCGAUGACGAUGAUGGCAUGCCUCUGUACCAGCUAUUUUUGGAAGCAAGCCAGGAUUACAGCCUUGCAACCACCGACGCGUUCUUGACAUAUGGUGCGGGUGCCUGGCUGACCGAUAGCAAAGCUGAUCAGCUGGAAGUGCAGCCGAAGGCUCAAAAGCUGAUCUGGCGUCCCAACCAGGUUCAGUUCAACCAUUUGCGAGCGUCCAACGUUGCCUCCUUUUUUGCAGUUGACCAAAUGAAGAUCGGAAUGACGCAGGUGUCUCCAUGGCUCCAAGAUAGCCAAGAUGAUGGUCGUCCUGGCAAUGAGGGCACUGGGUUGGAGGACCUUUUUGGUGAUCCCUCACCAAAAACGAUCUUCAGGUGCCAACUCAGCUCUGAAAACCUCGCGGAGCUGUUGAAUCCGCCACCACCAGUGGCCCAAGAAAGCAAUGUCAAGUCCCUGGAGGAACUUGGUGGGAUCGACCCCUACGAGGCGCCAAGUGAGGAGACCAAGAUUGAAGAUGGUGGACAACCAGAAAAUGGUGAAGUUGGGGAGACCGCCAAAACCAUUGAAAUUGAGAAACCGGCCUCACCCAAUCCAGCGGGGCCACUGGCGGAACAAGUCUCAGCUCACGAAGCUGCUACUGCUAGUGAGGCUGACUCUGGGAACGCAAAGAAGCGCAAAAGGUCUGAGAGCGAGAUCUUGAAACACCGAGAAUCCUCCAAGGCAUGGCAUUUGAAAUGGGAAAAGAAGGGUGUUCCCAGGACCACGCCGCCAUCCGAAGUUGCGCCUUCUGAUGCUCUCCAGCCCUUGAAGGCCAUCAGUGGCGACAUGCAAUCUGUCAAGAACGUGUUCGUGAAGCACUGGUUUGAACACUACAAGGACGAGGUGAAAGAUGAUUCCCCAACUAUGAGGUUCAAGAAAGCCUCUGCAGCGUGGAUGGGUAGCGAUAUCCGGGCCCAAAUCAUGGCAGCCCGUACUGGUAGGCAGUACUAA